UUUUGAUUUUAUAUGCACAAAAUAAUUUUAUAAAAAUUCAUAGCAUUCGAAUAAAGUUAAAAAAAAAAAAAGUAUUGUUUUAUGUUUGAAUGAUAUUGUCAUUUUAAUAAAUCGAAUAAAACACAAAAAUAAUCAAAUACAACGCCUGCUACCAAACAGGCCAGAGAGAGACAGAGAGACAGAGAGAGAGAUUGAGAUUAGGGUUUGCCCACAUUACUAUGCCAGACGAAAGUUUACUUCUCUGAGCUUUGAACAGUUGUUCCUCACCAAAAGAAUAUCGGAUGAUUCAGUAGAUCAAAAGUAAAGCUGGAAAUGUUGGAUCUUUCGGCUUAUGGAAACAUGAAUUAGGGCUUGCAUGUGGCAUUUGAGUAAAAAUUGAAUCUUGGGUUAUUGGGAUUUUGAGUUUCAAUGGCAUGGCUGGAAUUGGAGCAUCUAUUGGAUCUGGUUCUGGGGUUUUGAGAAGUUGUAAAUCUCUUUGUAUAUGUGAAUGAAUCGGGGUUUGGAUUUGGUGGUUAAAUAAGCCCUCGUUUUUGGUACAGUGAGGGUUUUUGUUGAUUGAUAAAAUGGUUGCAACUGGGGAAACUUCUGUUUCUGGGUCUAGGGAAUUGAGUUUUCAAACAGUUAAUAGGGGGUCUUCUCGUGAGGAGGAUAGUUCUCACAGCCAAUUGACUCAUUAUGGGGGAGGUGGGUCAAGAAAUACAAGCCCAAUAGGCCGAACAGGUUCAAGGAAUACUAGUCCUUCUAGGCAGAAGGUGAUUAAGACCAAGCCACGGGGUUUAGAUGAGGAGACGAUUGCUACAUUUGGUAAAGCCACUCUCCCGGAUGUUCAAAUGGAAGAUAAUAUAUGGGCAAUGUUGCCCGAGGAUUUAUUGAAUGAAAUCUUAGUUAGGGUUCCUCCAUUCAUGAUUUUUCGGCUCAGAUCUGUUUGUAAAAGAUGGAAUUCCAUUUUGCAGGAUAAUAGUUUUCUUAAAUUUCAUUCACAAGUGCCAUCUCAUGGGCCAUGUCUUCUCACAUUUUGGAGGAAUCCACAGACCCUGCAAUGCUCAGUAUUUAGCUUGCCAUUGAAACAGUGGUAUAGAAUUCCAUUCACAUUUUUACCACAGUGGGCUUACUGGUUGGUUGGCUCUUCAGGGGGUCUUGUAUGCUUCUCAGGACUCGAUGGGUUGACUUUCAAAACUUUAGUUUGUAACCCCCUCACACAAACUUGGAGGACAUUGCCUGGUAUGCAUUAUAAUCAGCAAAGACAGUUAAUUAUGGUCGUUGAUCGGACCGACAGAUCCUUUAAAGUUAUAGCCACUGGUGAUAUUUAUGGUGACAGGUCAUUGCCAACUGAAGUAUAUGACUCAAAGCUUGACCGUUGGUCGCUUCACCAGAUAAUGCCCGCCGUUAAUCUAUGCUCCUCAAAGAUGGCAUUUUGUGACUCUAGGUUGUAUCUAGAAACUCUUUCUCCACUUGGAUUGAUGAUGUUUAGGCUGGACACAGGAUACUGGGAACACAUACCAGCUAAGUUUCCACGGUCUUUAUUGGAUGGGUAUCUGGUUGCCGGCACUCAAAAACGUCUUUUCCUAGUUGGAAGGAUAGGUCUUUAUAGUACUCUUCAGGGUAUGAGAAUUUGGGAAUUGGAUCAUGCAAAGAUCGUCUGGGUUGAGAUCAGUAAGAUGCCACCAAGGUACUUUCGUGCUCUCUUGAGGUUAUCUGCAGAGAGAUUUGAGUGCUUUGGACAGGAUAAUUUGAUUUGCUUUACGUCUUGGACCCAAGGGAAAGGCCUUCUUUAUGAUGUGGAUAAAAAGGGUUGGUCUUGGAUUGCUGGCUGUGCUCUUCAGUCAUACAACAGUCAGAUCUGUUUCUAUGAGCCAAGAUUCGAUGCAUCGAUCUUUUAAGCAGAGAACUUGGCUUCGUGGUUUCCAUUUUUAUUGUUGAAAGAUUUGUGAGGGGUUAUCACAUUCACAGUGCAUCUUCGUUUUUCUCUCUAUUCCCUUCAACCCCUUCUGCUUUCCUGUUUUCAUCUAGUACCAGGGGUCUUUCCAGGACACAGGUGUUUUGUUCUACUUGUAAUAGCAUAAUUUUUGAAGGGCUGCGCUUGCUAACGGAGUUAUUAGAUGGAUGAUGACAUUUUGGGGACUAACUGUAAGAAAAAAGUUUUGUCCAACUCAUGUACACUGAUUGAAAUUGUUUAGCACAUUCAAGCUCUCUUUCUGAAGUGUUUGCUACUUUUCUUACUUGUAUAUUACCCUGAUGAAUCAUUUAUAUAUUAUUAGCUCAUUGUCAUA